GCAGCAGUGAGCACUGACUCACUUCAUCCCACUCUCACUCUCACCCUCCUUCACCCUCAAACAAGCCCCUUCCCUUCUCUUCUCUUCAGCAUAAAACCCACCAAGUCCGCAACACCCACCUCCACCACCCCAAGCCUCUCCAAUCCCCCACCCCGAAAGAAAAAGUCCCAACACCCGCGGCCUCCAGAACUUCUCCUCAACCAACCAAACCACAAACACAAGCAACAAUGCCCUCCCAAUUCACAACACACCUCCUCCCCCCGCCGUCCCCCAACCAGACCCCAAAAUUCACCCUCCCCACCCGCGCCACCCCAAACCCACCGACCAACCCGCGCCUCCUAACGGACGCCCUCACCAUCCGCCAGAAAGUCUUCAUCGACGAACAGCACUGCAGCGCCGAGGAGGAGAUCGACGCCGACGACGGCCGCAGCUGGCAUUGGGUGGUUUACCACGACCAGACCCCGGAGUCAACCUCCCCUGCCCCCGCUCGCGCCGGGGCAAACCCCACUGUCCAAGAACCUCCUCAACCAGACGCACCGGAAAGCAGCGAUCGCAUCCCGGUCGCGACGAUCCGGCUCGUUCCGCCGCCGAACGUCCACGAGCAUCACAACGGAACGGGGAAUGGGGAUGGUGCGCCGGCGGAGCAAGCACAACAACAACCCGAACCCUACAUCAAGUUGACGCGGGUGGCGGUGCUGCGCGAGUAUAGGGGGUACGGGCUGGGGCGGGCGGUGGUGGAGACGGCGUUGGCGUGGGCGAGGGAGCAUGCGCGGGAGAUUGAUGCUGCUGCUGCAUCUGCGGCGUUUGCUGCCGCGCAAGAACCAGGAAAGGAUGGGGCGGGGGUGGUGGUGGCGCGCCCGUUGUGGAAUGGAUUGGUGUUGGUGCAUGCGCAGACGCAGGUGGAGAAGAUGUAUGAGCGGUGUGGGUUUGUGACGGACGAGGGGAUGGGGAGGUGGGAUGAGAAUGAGAUUGAGCAUUUGGGGAUGUGGAGGAGGCUUGUUCUGGAGUAGGCAUGGAGCGGUUCCUUGCAGAGGGAGUGGUGUGUACAGCGAGAGUUUACGAUGGAGUAGGAGUUUGUAGAUGUUCCUUUAUAAAAGGGUGUGGGGUGUACAGCAAGAGUUUACAAC